AUGGGGGUAUGGAUAUAUGUGAUAACAGCAGGCGAUAUUCUUCAAAAGCAAGCCAGACUUUCAUUCAGCUCAGCAGGAGUUUUAACAGCAACCUUAGAAAAUCCGUCUCAAACCACGACAUCAGCAUCAACUACAGCCUUGUCAGCUUUUUCCGGAUGGAGUUAUCUCUCUUUUACAAUCACUUACGUAACAGGAUCAACAACUAUAACUGCGUAUAAGAAUGGAGCUGCGGGGACUGCACUUUCAAAUACAGCUUAUUUGUACAGAGAUGCAGCUUCUGAUGUUUUAUAUCUUGGUAAGAGUUCUACUUCUUCUACUUUUGUAGGCUUUAUUUAUUACUUUAGUUUAUGGAAUACUGCUAUAACUGAUUUUUCAUCUAAAUUUACAAUCCCAUGUGGAACUAGCUUAACUACUUCAUGCCUUUGGUCUUGCCCUAUAGGACAAUACUACGCUACAUCAUCUUGCACGUCAUGCAACAGCUGUGGAAGCAUGGGAUGUAGAAGAGCAAUAUCAUGCAACAUUUGUGCAGAUCCCUUGUGUGCCCAAUGCACAGGUUUUGGAACCAACUUAUGUACUUUAUGCGUGACUCAUGCCUCUGGAGGAGGGGCAACUCCUUGUUCAUGUGAUACCAACUAUAUAGCUUCAGCUGAUGGCUUUUCUUGUAUCUGGGCAUGCACCACAGGAUGUGCUGGUUGCUCAGGAACUGGGUAUUAUCAGUGCACUUCUUGCUUAGCAAGCUAUUACUACUUAAAUGGCUUAUGUUUAGCCUCAUGCCCAGCAGGAUACAAUCAAGAUUCUACAAAUAACCUAUGCACUUUAUCUUCAACCACUCCUGUGUCACUUGCUUUGCAGGAUUUAAUUCAGCUUGAUACUGCCAAUAGCUUUACUGUGGGAUCUUCAAGCUCCAACACUUAUCCAUCGUGAACUGACUCAGCUGAUCCUGUACCUUCAAUUUUCAGAGGCUAUUAUUUUGGAAGCUCAUCGUUAAUGUCUUUAAGCUCUUUAAUCAUCACUCCUUUCUAUACUGUUACAAUCUGGGUAAAGCCCUCAGCCCAAGGAAACCUUUUUCUUAAGUUGAGUGGUAGUACAGAAAUGCUCAAAAUUGUAUUCACAUCUUCUGGGUGGCCCUCUAUAACUUUAACUCUACAAGAUUCAUCUACUGUUACCUUGUCAGGGUCAUUAAGUCUGUUUAAUGCUUGACAUAAUAUUGCUUUUACAGGAGACAUUAUCAGUGGAAAUACAAAAAUACUUUUCUAUACAGAUGGCUCUUUAAUUUCAAGCCAAUUGUCAGCUAAUAUUUCUCCAUUCAGAGAUUCAGGAUCAUUAUAUAUAGGCUUUUCAAAUGGAGCUAAUGGUUUUACAGGAUUUUUGUGGAGUCUUAAAAUAUUCAACGGAAACACACAUUACUCUGAUGAAUGAAUCAUAUCUGGCUGUGCUAGUGGAUGCUCGACUUGUCCAUCCGAGUUACUUUGCCCAGAUUCAUGCUCUUUUGGAUCAUUUUUAUCUUCUGGUGCCUGCACCACAUGUACUGGAUCUUGCUCGCCAUAUGGAUGUAGGAGCACAGAAACAUGCAGACUGUGCAAAUAUAGAGAAUGUACUACUUGCACUUUAUUUGACGGACCUUGCACAGCUUGCAUUACAAAUGCUAGUUUAUCAGGAGGUGUUUGCUCUUGCAAUUCUAAUGCUUUUUGGGUAGCUUCGUCUGCAACAUGCGAAUUAUGCGAUGCUUUAUGCUCGACCUGCACGGGAACUUAUUAUUUUCUUUGCAGCGUUUGCAGUGGCUCUACAGUUCUUGUAGGAAAUGUUUGUUUGAAUGCUUGUCCUUACGGGUUUUCUGCAAGCCCAUCAUGCACAGCUAUUUCUACAACUGUUAUAGACCAAAGUUUUGAUACCAACUUUUCAGGAACUUAUGGCAUUUUUACAACCUCAACUUCAGCUUCCACUUAUCAAUUUUGGAAUGGCCCCGAUUCAUUGGAUCCUAUUCCAGCUUAUAAAAGAGGUCUCUAUUUUGCUGGUGGACAGUAUUUAGUAUCAAAUACAAACAUUUAUUUAAGCAAUAAUGUGUCUGUGGGGGUAUGGAUAUAUGUGAUAACAGCAGGCGAUAUCCUUCAAAAGCAAGCCAGGCUUUCAUUCAGCUCAGCAGGAGUUUUAACAGCAACCUUAGAAAAUCCUUCUCAAACUACAGCAAUAGUAUCGACUACAGCUUUGUCCGCUUUUUCUGGAUGGACUUAUCUUUCUUUUACGAUUAUUUAUACAUCCGGAUCAACAACUAUAACUGCGUAUAAGGAUGGAGCUGCAGGGACGACACUUUCAAGUGCAGCUUAUCUGUACAGGGAUGCAGCUUCUGAUUUUUUAUAUCUCGGUAAGAGCUCAUCUUCUUCUACUUUUGCAGGUUUUAUUUAUUACUUUAGUUUAUGGAAUGCAGCAAUUACUGAUUUUUCAUCAAGUUUUACUAUUCCGUGUAGCACAAGCUUAGAUAUAUCGUGUCUUUGGUCUUGCCCUAUAGGCCAAUACUACGCUACAUCAUCUUGCACGUCAUGCAACAGCUGUGGAAGCAUGGGAUGUAGAAGAGCAGUAUCAUGUAACAUUUGUGCAGAUCCUUUGUGUGCCCAAUGCACAGGUUUUGGAACCGGAUUAUGCACUUUAUGUGUAGCUCAUGCCUCUGGAGGAGGGGCAACUCCUUGUUCAUGUGAUACCAACUAUAUAGUUUCAGCUGAUGGCUUUUCUUGUGUCUGGGCAUGCACCACAGGAUGUGCUGGUUGCUCAGGAACUGGGUAUUAUCAGUGCACAUCUUGUUUAGCAAGCUAUUACUACUUAAAUGGCUUAUGUUUAGCCUCAUGCCCAGCAGGAUACAAUCAAGAUUCUACAAAUAACCUAUGCACUUUAUCUUCAACCACUCCUGUGUCACUUGCUUUGCAGGAUUUAAUUCAACUUGAUACUGCCAAUAGCUUUACUGUGGGAUCUUCAAGCUCCAACACUUAUCCAUCGUGAACUGACUCAGCUGAUCCUGUACCUUCAAUUUUCAGAGGCUAUUAUUUUGGAAGCUCAUCGUUAAUGUCUUUAAGCUCUUUAAUCAUCACUCCUUUCUAUACUGUUACAAUCUGGGUAAAGCCCUCAGCCCAAGGAAACCUUUUUCUUAAGUUGAAUGGCAGUACAGAAAUGUUCAAAAUUGUAUUCACAUCAUCUGGAUGGCCCUCUAUAACUUUAACUCUACAAGAUUCAUCUACUGUUACUUUGUCAGGGUCAUUAAGUCUGUUUAAUGCUUGGCAUAAUAUUGCUUUUACUGGAGACAUUGUAAGUGGAAAAUCAAAAAUUUAUUUUUAUGCCGAUGGAUCCUUAAUAUCGAAUCAGGUCUCAACCAACGUGUCUCCCUUCAUUGAUGCUGGCUCAUUAUAUCUUGGAUAUGCUAAUGGAGCAAACAGCUUUAUCGGGUUUUUAUGGAGCGUUAAAUUAUUCAAUGGAAAUACUCAUUUUCUGGAUGAGUGGCAAACUUCUGGCUGCUCUGGUCCCUGCUCAAAUUGCCCUUCUGAACUGAUCUGCCCUGAUAGUUGCGAAUUUGGCUCUUUUUACUCUUCUGGAUCCUGUAUAACAUGUGCAGGAUCUUGCUCUCCUUAUGGAUGUAGGAGCUCACUUACUUGUAGACUUUGCCAAAACAAGGAAUGCACUACUUGCACUUUAUUUGAUGGUCCUUGUACAGCCUGCAUCACAAAUGCUGGACUAUCAGGUGGUGUUUGCUCUUGCAACUCCAACGCUUUUUGGAUUCAGUCUUCGGAAACUUGUGAAAUUUGUGAUAAUUUGUGCUCUACUUGCUUAAAGACUUACUAUUUCGAGUGUAAUGAUUGCACAGGCACUAAAGUGCUAGUUGACACUGUCUGUUUAAAUGAAUGUCCAUACAGUUUUACAGCGAGUCUCUCAUGCAUAAGCUCAACAUCAACUAUAAUUGACCAGAGUUUUGAUACAAUAUUUCAAGGGUCUUAUGGGAUAUUAACAACCUCCACUUCUGCUUCCACCUAUCAAUUUUUCACUAACCCAGAUUCUUCUGACCCUGUUCCUUCAUAUGGAAGAGGGCUGUAUUUUUCUGGUUCGCAAUACUUGCAAGCUAAUGUGAACAUUUAUAUGAACUAUCAAUUUUCAGUUGGCUUUUGAAUUUAUACAAUUGCAGAUGGAGAUAUCUUCCAAAAACAAGCAAGAGUUAAAUUGGCUUCUAAUGGAAUAGCCAAUAUUAUCUUAGAAAACCCAUCUCAAACUACAACAACAGUCACUACUUCAUCUUUAACUUUUAGUGGGUGGUCUUAUUUGUCCUUAACAGUUUCUUAUUUAUCAGGCUCAACCACAACUGUUACCUCAGUUAACAAUGUUGCUGAAACUCCAAUUUUAUCUACAAACUUACUGUUCAGAGAUGUUUCAUCUGAUAUUUUGUAUGUAGGAAAAAGCACAUCUUCUGGAUUUGAAGGCUUUAUUUAUUAUUUCAGCUUAUGGUACACUGCUAUCUCUGAUUUUUCGUCAAAAUUAUCGGUUCCUUGUGGAUCAAGUUUAUCUACUUCUUGUCUCUGGUCUUGCGAUAUCAGCGACUACUAUGAUGGAGCAGCUUGCCAGUCUUGCAAUUCCUGUUCUUUAGGGUGCACUCAGGGUGUUUCCUGUAAUAUUUGCUAUGAUCAUCUUUGCUCAAUUUGCAGUGGGUUUGGGUCAGGAUUAUGCACUCAAUGUGUGAACCAUGCUUCAGGAGGAGGAGCAACAGCUUGCUCAUGCGAUGCUAAUUAUAUCCAAGCAGCUGAUGGGUUUUCAUGUAUUUGGGGUUGUACUACAGGGUGUGGAGGAUGCUCUGGUACAAGCUAUUACCAAUGCACUUCUUGCUUAACAAUGUAUUACUUUAUAUCUGGACUCUGCAUCUCUGUUUGUCCUACAGGAUAUACCCAAGACUCUACAAAUAAUCAAUGCACCUUGGUUUCAAACCUUUCUUUCAGUCUUCAGUUCCAAGACCUAAUCCAGUUAGACACAGUGAGUGGAGUCCAAGUUGGCUCCUCAGGCACAAACACUUAUCCUACAUUUGAAAGCACUGAUCCAGUCCCUUCAUUAUACCGUGGCUACUACUUCAUUUCCAAUUCCUAUAUGGCAUCAACCUCUCUAAUAUUAAAUACUUACUUUACAGUCACAGUUUGGAUUAAGCCUAUUUCAUCUGGAUACUUAAUGCUAAAAAUUAACGGAAGUGACGAGAUGUUCAAUAUUUCAUUUUCAAGUGGCGGAGUUCCUACUUUAAUGAUAACUCUUCAAGACUUAUCAACUGUUUCAGUCAGUGGAGCUUCAAAUCUUUUUAAUGGUUGGCACAAUAUUGCAUUCACAAGUGAUAUUAUCAGUGGGAAAAUGAAGAUAUAUUUGUAUACAGAUGGGGUUGUUUCGGCAAGUCAACUAUCCACUAACUCAUCUCCAUUCAUUGAUUUAGGCAAUUUAAAGAUUGGAGCAUCGUCUGGGACCAAUGGAUUCACUGGAUUUUUGUGAAGCUUAAAGGUAUUUAAUUCAAACUCGAACUACCUUGACGAGUGAAAAACAACCGGGUGUGUUGGUGGAUGCUCAAGCUGCCCUUCGGAGCUAAAAUGCCCAGAUAACUGUGAUUUUGGAUCGUUUUAUUCAAGUGGAUGCACAACUUGCGACUCAAGCUGCAGUCCAUAUGGAUGUAGGAGUUCUCUGACUUGUAGAUUGUGCUUGCAGAAAGAAUGUAAAGAAUGUACACUAUUUGAUGGACCUUGCACUAGCUGCAUAGACAGAGCUACUUUAACAAGUGGAGUCUGCGCAUGCGAUUCCAACGCAUUCUGAGUUCAAUCUUCUCAAACUUGUGAGUAUUGUGAUUCUUUGUGUACUCAAUGUGCAGGAACUUACUAUUUUCUCUGCAGUGCUUGUACAACAGGCGAAACUCUUGUUGGAAAUGUUUGCUUGCAUGAGUGUCCUUAUGGUUUUGGUGGGAGUUGCACAAGUGUUUCUUCUCAAGUUAUAACUCAAUCUUUCGAUCAGAAUUUUGCAGGAUCGUAUGGUAUAUUCACAACAGCUACAAGCUCAUCAACUUAUCAGUUUUUCAAUAGUCCUGAAGCCAGCGAUCCUAUACCUGCCAAGAAGAGGGGGCUAUAUUUUUCAAGUGGAAAAUACUUCCUCCACCCCUUUAAAUUGAACAAAAAUUCCUGUUAGUUUUUCAUUAAAUAAAAAUUUUAUAUUAGUAUGUUCAAGCCUCAUUUAGAUCCCCUUAGCUAUAUAGAAUUUUUUAAAAAUUAAAAAAAAAUAAAUUGCACACAAUAUUUUUUGAAUUUAAAUUUAUUUUUAGAGAAUUUAUUCCGUGUGAAAACGACUUAAAAUAAUAUUCUAUUUGCGCUUUUCGUAUUAAAUUAGGCCAAAACUAAUUUAUUAAAAUUUGUAUUUUCGAAUUUCAAAGUAUUUGAUGCACCCUAAAAAUGGAAAUUUUAUCUAUAUUUUAUUGUUUAAAUGGGGAAGUUAGAAUCAAAUAUUGACGUUUAUUUAUCUUACAGCUUUUCACUUGGGUUUUGGGCUUAUGUAGAAACUGCAGGAGAUUUAUUCGAAAAGCAAAAUAGAUUAAUUAUAAAUUCUAGCGGAGCUGCAACAAUUAUUCUAGAGAGCCCAAGCUUAAUCACAACCACUAUUACGACUGGAGUAAUAAGCUCCUCAGGAUGGUCAUAUUAUUCAAUAGCUAUUUCAUACUCUUCAGGCUCUACUACAGCUACAGUCUAUAUAAACAAUGCAGCAGGGACUCCAAGCAGCACAAGCAAUUAUAUCUUUAGAGAUGCCGCUUCUCAAACUAUUCUGAUUGGCAAAAGUACUGCUUCCAGCUUCUCAGGGUUUAUAUAUAAUUUCAACAUGUGGAAUAGUCUAAUUACUGACUUCAGCACUCAAGUAAAUGAUGAUAUCUGUGGGACAGGACUUGGAAGCACUUGCUUAUGGACUUGUGAUUUUGGAUCAUAUCAAAACUCUGGAGGAACAUGCUCUGCUUGCAACAGUUGCUCUCUAGGCUGUGUAAGGGGGGUUUCAUGCAAUGUGUGCGAUGAUAAGCUUUGCAGUGUCUGCACUGGGUUUGGAACAAAUCUUUGCACGACUUGUGUGAUUCAUGCUUCAGGAUCAGUGUGCUUGUGUGAUAUCGGAUAUUAUUUAUCAUCAGAUGGGUUUUCCUGUGUUGUUUGUAGCACCGGAUGUUCUGCAUGCACUGGACUUAACUAUUAUCAAUGCUCAUCUUGUAUGAGCUCUUAUUACUACAUAAAUAAUCUUUGUGAGCCCAGCUGCCUACUUAGCUUGACUUAAAUUGUUAUCGAGCAGCUCCCAGCCAGCCAUGCCGGUUUUUCACGUCACUUUUUAGCUUAACCCUCUUGCUUGCUAGUCCGAUUCAACUACUAAAUCCAUAUGCUGCUCCUUCCAGAUGAGGGCUUGAACUCGAAUUCCGGAGGUCGAGAUGAUGGGUCACCGUACCGUACAUCAACGGGGUUGCCCUUUCUGAAAAUUCAGUGAAUUUUCUGGGAAGGCUACCAUCAGACUGAACUUAUAGCCCAGGACGCAAUUCCCAAUUGGCAACGAUCACUCUUUGAGCUUGCUGGGCUAUCCCUUUCUAAGUUCAUCUUCCCUCAAUGUAAAAUUUUUGUCUUCAAUGUGAGCUUUUAGUUGGUCAGCCCGACAUUGUGCUGCAUCAGACCAAAUAAACUGGCUGGGCGAUCUCACUCACUCUAUUCUAGCUUAAAAUGAUCCCCAAAUCCCCAUCUUGUUACAGGUAGGUUUAAAAGGGUAAGUUAAUUCGCCAUCCAAUUUUUAUGAGUGCCUUGCUGCCCUACAGGAUACACACAAAACUCUACGACACAUAACUGUGACUUAUAUUCAUCCCUUGCACUGUAUUUAAAUCUUAUUGAUCAGCUUCGCCUUGAUACUGUAAGCGGAUUUACUGUCGGAAGUGAUAGCACAAAUACAUACCCAAGCUGGGAUGCUUAUGACCCUAUUCCAGCAAUCCAAAGAGGGUAUUACUUUACAGGAUCAAGCUAUAUGAUUUCCAACUUCAAAUUUAGCCCUUACUUUUCUCUCUCUUCUUGGGUAAAGGGCUUGAAUGAUGGCUACUUUUUAACAAAAUAUGAUGGGUCGGUAUAUCUUUCUAUAAGCUUUACAGCUGGAGUCCCAACACUCACGAUUAAACUAUUGGACGGAACGACAAUUUCAGUUUCAGGAGGGUCUUCAAGUAUUUUCAAUUCUUGGAACUUUUUCUCAUUUUCUGGGCAAAUUUUGGGAGAUGGCACUACUAAGAUCACGUCUUAUAUUAAUGGCGCUUCAGUUGGCACUCAAAUAUCAGGGACAUCAAGCCUUUUCAGAGAUAGUGCUUCAGGAAGCUUGAUCUUAGGUGCAGAUCAAACCUUAGCCAAUGGUUGGUCAGGAUACAUAUGAAACCUGCAAGUAUAUAACGAUGAUUCUCAUGCAAUAGCUGAUUGGGCUACUUCUGGCUGUGGUAGUGGCUGCUCACAAUGCCCAGCAAGUUUGACAUGUCUAAGUGACUGUAGCUUAAGCACUUAUCCAACUUCUUGUACCCCAUGCAAAACAGGAUGCAGCCAUGGCUGUGUAGGUGGCUUAACAUGUAGACUUUGCAAAGCUAAGGAGUGCUUGUCUUGCAAUACUUUCUCUGGAGCUUGCCUUAGCUGUAUACCAAAUGCAAGUCUUUCAGGGACAGUUUGCCAAUGCAAUGCAAAUGCACUUUGGGUUAACUCUUCUGAGAGCUGCGAAAUUUGCAAUAAUGUUUGCGACUCAUGCUUAUCCUUAACAUUUGUUGGCUGCAUAACUUGUUCUAGUGGCCGCUACCUAUUAGAAAAUUUAUGUAUAAAAUACUGUCCAACUGGAUACUCAAUGUCGGUGAAUAAAUGCUUAAUUGCUUCAUCAGAUGCAUAUGUUUUUAAUUUCAAGCCAAACCAAAUAAAAGAUGAAGUCAUUGAUCUUCAAUCAAGUAUUGUUGUAAGCACAGGAAACGAUACAAAUUUCUAUCCAAAUUAUCAAGAAAGAGACCCUUAUGCGGCUCAAUAUCGUGGAUACUUUUUUACAGGUAAAUCAUAUAUGAAUCUGACUUUAUCCUCUAGGCCUUUAAUUUUUUCUCCAAAAUUCACUAUUUCAAUUUGACUUAAUCCUGCAGCAACUUCAUGUGAUUUAUUUGCUAAGCAAUCAAAUUCUACAUCAGCAAUGCCAAUUUUGAAGUUAAGUUUAUCUUCUCUAAGUCCAUCUUUAAAAAUAAGGCUAAAUGAUGGAUCAACUGCUUUAUAUACAAGCGCAAACAGUCUUAGUCAAAAUCAAUGAAAUUUAUUGAUAGUUUCUUCUGGUAUUUCUGCAACUCCAGCUCAAAUAAUUUCCUUCAGCGUAAACGCAGGUCAGGAUAUAUCAAGCGAUUUAGCUUCUUCUUGGUUCGAAGAUCUACAAGAUUCCUUCAAAAUUACAAUAGGUUCAUCUCUUUUAUCGAGUUCAGCAUUUGGCAAUUAUUUCUCCGGAUUCAUUUGGGAUCUUAAAAUUUGGAAUAAAGCUGUUGAUUUUUCAUCUUUGUACUCUCUGACUUGCUCACAAUGCUCUUUAUGUCCUAUAGACAAUUCAGGAGCUUGCAUUCCUAAUUGUCCGAUUUCUGAGUAUUGGGAUGGGAUGAAGUGUUCUUCCUGCACAAAUGAAUGUUUAUCUCUUGGAUGUGUGAGAUACGAUAACACUUGUAAUUUGUGCAAUAACGUUAUCUGCAGUGUCUGUAACGAUUUUAUAGCUGGAUCCUGCCUUCGUUGCAAGGCAAAUGCUUACUUAGCAUCUGGAGAGUGCAUAUGCAAUAACGGAUACUAUUUAAAUAGAACCAUGGAAGAAUGCCUGCAAUGCGAUAUAAACCAAUAUUCAGUUAAUGGAAUAUGCAAAAGCUGCUCGAGUAAAUGCACUUCCUGCCUUGAUUCAUUAAUUUGCUAUACAUGUAUCGAUACUGCCGAAUUAUCGCAAAACAAUUCUUGCAUUUGCAAAAUUGGGCAUAACGGAACUAAUUGUGAUGCAGCCUAUUUUGAUGCCUUUUUGGCAGUCAAUGACGAUAAUUCCUUAAACCUUACUUUUUCAGAAAACCUUGUGAAUAUAAUUUCUCAAUAUGACUUAAGCAUCAGUGUUGAAAAUACUUCUUUGUCAGAUUACUCAUGAACAAUAGAAAAGGUAAGCAGCAAGUUUUAUUCAAUUUCACUAUCUUUUUCUAUUGAAGUUAGCAGCAAAACUCCAAUAGUUGUAAAAUUGUUAAAUUUAACAUAUUUUGUAUCUGAAGCAAACGCCCUGCUUAAAGAUGACACUUUGAUUGGAGCUCUUUAUUAUUACAAUCCAUAUUCAAGUAGCCAAGCUGUUAGCGCAGUUACCAGCCAAACAACAGCAGCAGUUCAAUCAAUUAUUGGAAGCUCAGUAGCAGUCUCAUUCAUCAAUCCUAAUCCUGCUAGCUUAUGAAGCAUGAUGAAUAUUUUGAAUUACAUCGCGUAUCUAGGCCUUACCAAAAUCCCAAUGACGGAUUCAUUUUACGCAUUUGUGACAUGCCUUAUUACAAUACAUAAAAGAUUCUAAAGAUUAACCCUUAUCCUAUUUACUCUCUGAAAAUAGAAUAAAGGUAACUAUUGAGAAUAUUUAUAAUUAUUAUAAUUAACUAUAAGCAUGAAUGGCAGUUAUUAUUUGCCUAACUUAUUUGAAUAUUUCAUCGACAAAAGCCAAGGAACUGCACCAUAUACUCAAGCAAUAAAAUAUGGGUAUGACACUGAUUUGUUUCUAAUUAAUGUUGGGAGCGCUAUCACAGCACUUGGAGCGAUUGUAGCAUCCCUUCCUGUAGUUUAUUUCCUAUCAAAUUGUUCUCAAAGAUACUUAGCUAAAAAACUAGCUGGAAUUUUAAAAAAUUACAAAUGGUCAGUAUUUGUGAGGUUCUGGAUCCAAAGCUAUUUAGACUUUACUGCUGCAGCACUUAUUGGAUUAUUAAACGUAAGUUGUAUUUAGUUUUCUUUUGGAAACAUGACUCAAGCUACUAAUACAAUUAUAUGUCUUGUAGUUUUUGUAAAUUUUAUUUAGUCUUUUGCUUCAGUUUCUCCUUUGUUAUUUUUUAUGCUCUCAUAUAAAAAUUUGCCGAAAAUUCAAGAAAGAGAAAAAGGUUUCGAAAAACUUUGAAGUUCGUUCUUUUAUGAGUUUAAAAAUGACCAAGGACUUAUGAGCACCCAAUACUAUUCUUUGUUUUUCGGAAGACGGUUUAUCUAUAUCAUGAAUUUAGCUCUACUUAACGACUAUCCAGCUUCUCAAGUUACAAUUAGUACUGUGCUUUCAUUUAUAACUGUGCUUUAUUUGAUCAGGUAUCGUCCUUAUGAGGAGCCAAUUCUUCAAAUCACUAACACUCUUACUCUCCCUCUCCGUGAGUAAGCAAAACCAUUGGAAAAUUCCCUAAUUUUUGCUAAAAAAUCCAGUGAACAAAAAAUUUUUUAUGAAAAAAAAAACUUUGAUAUAUAGUACCCCCCCCUCGUUUGUCGCAUUUUCUAGUUUUUUUUUUAUAAGAGAAAAAAAAAAUUUUCAGGACCUCAUUUGUCGCAUUUUCUAGUUUUUUUUUAAGCCAAAAAAAAAUCGGUUCAGGACCUCGCUUGUCGCAUUUUCUAGUUUUUUUUUCUCUCUAUAAAUUCCUAAAAAUUAAAAUUCGUCAAGGGAUCAGUUAGUGAAAUUUCAUCAUUUCUUCCUUCAAAAUCCUUGCUCCCAUUCCUCAAUCCCCACAGCUUACUUCCCAUUACCUGCUCCCAUUGCUUAAGCCUCACCACUUGCCAUUCACCAUUCUUAUUCCCCUAUCUUCAUGCCUAUUUCCUUAUUUGAUAGCUUAAUUUCUAGUCUUCCAUAUUAAUUAAUGGAGUUGCGCGAAAUUGAGGACCAGCCGAUAAAAAUCCCGGCAAUGAUUCAAAGCAUGGCCUAUGGAGAGAGGCUCAAUGCAAAGCAGAUCCAAGAGCGUCUUGCUGCUUGUGGCAAGGACAUGAGCCUGACGACGAUCAGGCACUACACCAACAAGUUCAAUCCUGAAGAGCACACUUUAGAGCUCAGGCGGAAGCUUGUGGACCAUGGACUAUCGCCUCCUCCUAAGAAAAUCAAGUGGAAUGAUGGAGAGAGCAUAGUCAAGAGGAUCAUUGACGUAGGUUUCUUUAAAAACGAAGAACUUGCGACAAUCUUGGGGACUUCUAAACGGACUAUUGAGCGAAUUGCUGCAGAGAAUACUGAGAGUGAAUCUGACGAAGCGGCUGGAAGAGAAGAGGCACUAUCCAGAUCUCCCCUAAAGCAUUGAAGUGAUGAAGACUUUGCUGAGAUCAUUAAGGAAUGUGAGAAGGAUUCAGGCUUUGUCAGCAAGGCAAGUUUGAGGGCCCAAUUCAAAAGAAAGACAGUUAACAUCAGCGAAGAACAGCUAGGAAAAGAGCUGAAGAAGAGGGAUAUGUCUAUAGGAAGAAGAGGGUUGUUCUACAGCUAACUGAAGCUCAUAAAGAGCAGAGAAUGUCCUGGGCUAGGUCUUUGAUUGACUCAGAUAUCGCUUCAUGGAUCUUCAGUGAUGAGUGCUAUGUGCAUCUCUUUCGUAACUCUAAUUUGUGCAAAGAAGGGAUAAACGCAACGAUUGAAGAGCCUAUCAAUUGAAAAACCUCAAUUAUGAUCUGGGGAGGAAUUUCUAUCGUUUUUGGCAAAAUGCUCUUCAUAAAGAAGGAGAAGUAUGCAAUCAAUGCCCAGGUCUAUAUCAGAGACAUUCUCCAGGACUAUAUUGAGCCUUUAGAUGGAGACUACACCUUCGUUCAGGAUGGGGCAAACAGCCCAUACUGCAAGGCAGACUAUGGAAUAUUGCAGAGAAAACGGGAUUGAUGUGAAGACUCAAUCGCCGAAGAGCCCAGAUCUCAAUCCAAUUGAGAUGAUCUGGGCCAAUUUGAAGAGGAAAGUGGAGAAAAGAAGGCCUGACAGCAAAGCCAGAUAAUUGCUGCCAUUCAGGAGUCAUGGGACGAAAUUUCUUUUGAGGAAGUGCAAAAUUCCAUUCUUAAGGUGAAAAAUGAAAAGGCAGGUCAUUGAAGCGCAAGGAGAAUGGAGCUAAUAAGCCAGCUAAUUUAAUCUAUUCUCUAAAAAGGGAGAGUAAAGUGGGAAGGACUGGAAGGACUCGGGCCUGCUAACCCUCUGCAGGCAAAUGUAAGGUAAACUCCUCUAUAAUUACUCAAUUAAAUUAAUCAGAAACUAUUUUUUAAAAAAACUAAGAUUUGCGACAUCAAAAAAAAAUUAAAAAAACUAGAAAUUGCGACAAAUGUAUUUGCACUAGAAAAUGCGACAAACGAGGUCCUGUAAAUUUUUUUUUCCCCUUAAAAAAAAACUAGAAAAUGCGACAAACGAGGGGGGGGGUACUAUAUAUGUGAUAAUUAGUAUAAUGAAUCUCUAGCUAAUUCUGUUUAAUUGCAUUUAAAAAACAUAUAUAUUACAAAUUAAAUAAAUGAUUGCUUUGCAAUUUUUGCGUAUUGGGAUCUUUUAAAUUUCGAAAAAAACAAUCUAUAAAUUUGUGUAUAAAUUUUUUAAAUUAUAAAUUAAUCUCCAUCUUUUGUCACUCAUGGAUGGUUUGUGAUUUAGUGAAAUAUGCACCAUGAUUUUUAUGGGAUUAAUGUCUGCUAGCCUCUUUGAUCUAUCGUCAAGUAUGCAAAGCGAUUUUGAAUUAACAUUGAUUUCAGUUGCAAUUGCAAUUAUGGGGAUCCUAACUGUUUCGUCAAUAGCUCUUUUUGGAAAAACGUGCUAUGAGCUUGUUAAAGAAGGACUUCAAAAGAGCCCGCCUCCACAAAAUAAAUACCAGGUUAGAGUUAAUAGGAAAGAAAAUAUGAGAGUUGUAGACCUCAAUAGUAAUCCAACAGAAAUAAACCGUAGUAUGGUGAAUAACGAGCUGCCUGAUAUCGGAGAUGGAGUUAUUGACUAA